AUGUAGAGAGAAAAAGGUAAGUUCACUAAGUUACACCUAUACAAAAACAUUAAUCGCCAGCCUACAAUCAAGGAGAACACCUAGUCCACUUAACCUUCUACUCCUAUAAAUAAAUCACCAUCAAAGAUGACUGACGAAGAAAAAAUUAGAUACCGUAAUAAAUUGUUCUAAGAAGGAGAUUAAAUUGGAGACUAUUUGGCUGAACAGAUCAGUAAAUGUGAGGAGGUCAGGAAGGAAAUGAGAGAAUAGAUAGCUGAAAACCAAAACUUGCAAAAAGAAUAUGACAAAGAACACGAAACUUUUAGACAGCAUAUGGAAAUAAAGAUUAAAAAGUAUUGUAGUAAGAGCUUUGCUUAGAAUUAAAAUCCAGUAAGCUCAAACAAUGUCCAACUUUACAUGAAUCGAAGUGGUGUUAGAGACUCUACUACUUCAAGAGAUACUUCUUAAUAAGAUAUCGAAGUAGUUGAGUAUAAUGGAGAUGGAACACGCAGAUCAAGACGCUCUUCCCAGAAAGUAUUGAGGAUGACUAGCAAAGAAAUCAGACCAAUAAAACAUCCAUACUAUCAGAGAAAUUUAUAGUCUGCAGCUAUAGCUCUAGCCAACCAGCAGCCUCUUCAUAUUUAGUCUCAUACUAAAAGCAAGCUAAGAUUGAUGAAUCUAAGAGAAAACAAAGAGAAUCAUUCUUAUAUAGAUACUAAACAAGAAGGAUCAUUUCAGAGGCCAGUUUCUAGUGAUGAGUUUUUAGUAGAUGCUUAACUAUAUGAUACAGCAAGAAAAAGAAAUCUUUUUACUCAGAGAAACAAAAACAACAACAUAAUGAGAACAAUCAAUGAGAGUAAUCUACUAUUGAAACAACAACAAUUAUAAAAUUAGGAAUCUUAGAAUUCUCAAUAGUCAGUCUCUUCAACAAAUGUCAAGUAUUCGACUCAAUCUCAAAGUAGAGAGCCAAGUGUGCAAUCAGUGUAAAAUGCAUUGAUACACCAGCAUUCUGCUUUUAAAUUAAGGAAUCCAAGUAUCCCGAGUGUUAGACUACCUUCCACAAUGAUGUUGCCUGUCCCUAAUUCAGUGAAUAACAUCGCUAGAAGCGCACAAAGACCCUAUAAUCUUGGGAACAGAUCUAAUUACAUAUCCUAGAUGAAUGUUUAGGCUCCAAAUAGUAAUGUAUCAAGUAAUGCUGAUCUAAAAUAAGCCUAGGCAUAUAUGUAAAUUAGCAAGUAGAGCUUCAUAUUCACAAAGAGACAUCAGUAGCAACAAUUAAUUAGAUCGAGGCAUGACUCCAAUGAUGAUCUUUUAUGUGAGGAUCUCCUAAAGAAGCGAAUCCUAUCUACUAAAAAUAUAUAGAAUAGGAAGCUUUGGAAAAUCUGA